AGGCCAUUCAAAUGAAGAGAAGAAGAAAAACUCUUUAUAACCCUACUUUUUCAGUUCAUCAUUAAAAUAUAAAUAAUUAUUUAAAUAUAUAGUAAUUGUUCAACAUGGGCCAUGAUUCUGAGAUCACGGCUUUUCUUAAUUUCCAUAAAGACCAAUUAAUGAGAUCAGGCGUGCCGGAACAUUUGUGGAAAAGCUUAUAUAAAAAGUUGGUAAAACAGACAUUUGAUGCUUCCAGUACCUUUGAUUUACUAAAAAUUGAACGAGACGAUGACGAAGAUGAUGUGAUACGAUCAAGAUUACUUCUUCAAGCUUCUAAAGAUAUAAAACUAUCAGAUCCUGAUCAUAUCUACCUUAUAGACCAUGCCUGGACUUACAAAGUUCAAGAUGCGAAAAAGCAGCUUGUGGCUCAUGAUGCCCUUCGAGAAAGACUAUGCAACGUUUUCGACAUAGACAUAACUCAAGAUAAAUAUGAAAUAGCCGAUUCAUUGUUUGAACAUAUGUGGAAAAUUAAUAAUUACUAUUGUAUAAGCAAUAAUGAAAAUGUGGAAGAUCGGUUGCCAAUCUGGUACAUAAUGGAUGAAGUAGGUAUUGCUGUAAUACAUAGUGAUGACCCCAACUGCAGGAUAGUACCUUUUGUGUAUGUAAAUGAUCAAAUUACUUACUCAAUUCUAUUUCCAAUUAAAGAUAUACAGAAGGAAGAUAUAAUUUGCAGAGACUUCGGAGAAGGAAUUACAGAUAAAGGGAGAAGAGACGCCUUCUUAGUACCUUGGGUUCCAAAAUUAUUUGACGAUGAUGUAAACCCAAUCACCCCAUCUGAGGAAUAUUUUCUUAGUGGUCAUAUAAAGGAAAGUUUACCAGAUUUGUCGAAAUUGGAGAAUAAUACUCAGCACGGAAAUGUAUUGAAAGUAUUUUCUCAGUAUAGCUUAGUCAACAUGUAUGUAACUGAUCCAAAAUUCAGUAUAGCUGAGAAUGAAGAGGAAGCAGAUAUUUUGUGGUAUACUCAGCAUUUCAAAGAUUUUCAAACGCUUAGUGAAACUCCAGGAAAGUUUGUAAACCAAUUUCCAUUUGAGUAUGUUUUGACAGUAAAGGAUCUUUUGUGUAUUAUUUGCAGAAGAAAAACUGGUCUAAACUGGGUUCCUACCUCAUAUAACCUAAUGACUGAACUUCCAAAUUUUGUUAGUUACUUUCAAAAAAGACAACAAGAUGGUAAAGAUAAUUACUGGAUAGUUAAACCAUUCAAUUUAGCUAGAGGAUUAGACAUGCAUAUAACGGAUAAUCUAGAAUAUAUUUUAAAAGUUUCCCAUACAGGUCCUAAAAUUGCUCAAAAGUAUAUAACUAACCCAGUAUUAUUUUACAGACCUGAUUGCAAUGGGAAGGUUAAAUUUGACAUUAGAUAUGUCUUUUUAUUAGAAAGUGUUAAGCCGCUUAAAGCUCAUGUAUAUAAAAACUUUUUCUUGAGAUUUGCUAAUAAAACGUUUGAACUGAAUAACUUUGAAGAUUAUGAAAAACACUUCACUGUUAUGAACUACACAGAAAACGCAAAUCUAAAGCAUAUGAAAUGCAUAGAUUUUAUAAUAAACUGGAUGCAUCAAUAUCCAGAUUAUAACUGGGAAAAGGUAGAAAACUCCAUCUUCAAAAUGUUAAAGGAGUUGUUGGAGUGUGCCACAAUGGUAGAUCCUCCAUGUGGUCUAGCCCAUAGUCCACAAUCCAGAGCUUUAUAUGCUGCUGAUAUUAUGCUUGAAUGGACUGAAGAUAAAGAAAUUCAGCCUAAACUUUUAGAAAUAAAUUUUACUCCUGAUUGUAAACGAGCUUGUGAUUAUUAUCCAGAUUUUUACAAUGACAUUUUUAGUGUAUUGUUCCUUAAUGAAAGUAAAGACACAAUUGUACAAUUAUAAGUUUUAUUUUUAUACACAAUAAAUAUAAUUUGAUAAA